AUGUCUUCAUCAUCUUCAUCCGGUUCUUCGUUAUCAGAAAAUGCAUUGAAAGCAAGUCAAGAUAUCCAAUUAACUAUUCUUUUGGAAGAUCAAAGUAGAUAUGGAAAUAGAAAAGAAGAGACCAGUACAAAUGUACUUGGUGUUUGUGAUGCCAAUUUGAGAUUUUCAUAUGUGUUACCUGGUUGGGAGGGUUCAACUUUAGAUUCUCGUGUUUUGCGUGAUGCUUUGCGUCGACCCAAGGGCUUGAAACUUCCCUCAAAUAAAUACUUUCUUGUGGAUGCUGGGUAUACAAAUGGGCUGGGGUUUUUUGCACCUUAUAGAGGGACUCGCUAUCAUAUAAAGUCUUGGAGAGAAAAUGGUCCAAGAAACUACAAGGAGUUAUUUAACCAACGUCAUCCCUCUGCUAGAAACACAAUUGAGAGGGCAUUCGGAUUGCUAAAAAAACGAUGGGCUAUAUUACGAACAGCUAGCUUUUAUAGUGUUAAGACUCAAAUUAGGAUCAUUAAUGCAUGUUGUAUUCUUCAUAACUUUUUACGUGAAGAGAUGAAUGAAGACGACUUGUUGAAUGAUAUGGAUCAAGAAUUAGAAGAUGCUCUUGUUUUAGAAAUUGAGAAUGUAGAUGAGGAGUGUAUCACCACUGUGAGAGUUACAGAUGAAUGGAGCACCUUUAGAGAUGAUUUAGCUAUGCAAAUGUGGGAUGAAUACCGACUUUGA